UUAUAUCGAUAUUCAAUAAACCCGGUCACGUUUCGCUCGUGAAUCGAGGAAUCGUUCAGCACAUUGGAGGUUUCUGGGAAGGUGAUAGUGGUAGUGGUAAUUUCAUGUGUGCGCCGCCAUGUUGUCUGAUUCCGUCGUUUCGUAUGGCGGAACGGCGGAACGAAACAUUGUAAUGGCGAGUGCGUCUAUUCCGCAUAUUUGAUGUCGGGAUAAAAUUGGGCGUACGCGUUCGCCUUAUCGCUGUCUCGACGGAAUUCCAACACUCGUGAACGUUCCCGUCGGGCCUUCGUGCCGCCGGGCUCGGCCGACGAAUCGCGAUCGCUGGCUCCGCCGUCGCAACGUACCAACGCGUGCUGCAUACCGUGCGUGAAUCAUACUCCAAGAUAUGGAGAGGUGCGACUUAAAUAACACGCUGUAAUUGCAUUACGUUUACACGUCGACCCCCGCGACACGCCACAUUCCGGAACACGUGCGACGGCGUACCGUUCGCCGUGAACGACGCGACAAACGGACAUCGACUCUCGUGCGCGCGAUCCCGCCACUGUCGCGCAUAAAGCUUUGGCUUUGAUACCUGCGCGCGUAUUUCCUCAUAUAAUAUGAAAUCGGAGCGAGCAUGAAGGUAACCGUGUGCUUCGACAACGUCAGAGUGGUGGUUCCGUGCGGAGAUGGUACUCUGCUGGUCAAGGAUCUGAUGCAUGAGGCCAUCCUGAGAUACAAGAAGGCCACUGGUAAAAAUGAUAACAGCCUGACCAUCAACAGUCUGUCUUCUUUGACUGGCGGUGGCUUGUUGGAUCCAGAUGACAGAUUGUGCGAUGUGGCCGAUGAUAGAGAACAAAUUGUUGCUCAUUUUGCUAGCUCAGAUGCCAAUCAUGUUGGUGGAGAUGGCGCAAGCUCAGUUGGCACCAAUAGUCCUGAUUUUUUUCACAGAGAUGGCAAGGACCAAGCUUAUCCAAUUGAUAUCCAUUCCUCUAUGCCUAGUAGUAUUAAGAGAGAAAGCACCAAACGAUUGUCAAUGCAUGCAUUGUCAACGAGAGAGCCUUCUCUCACAACAUAUUCUGCUCAAUCUCUACCUAGAGAGUCUCGACGUAGGGAACCCUUAGGUCAAGAUUCUAAAACCUCGUAUGAAUUUGGUAAUAACAUCGAAUCUGAAAAUCAAGAGGUGCAAGAGAUAGUGAUAAAAAAUGAGGCAGGGCCACUGGGGCUCCACGUGGUGCCAUGUUAUGACUUAUCGGGCAAUGGCCAAGGACUUAGAGUAGAAGGUAUUGAACCAAACGGUCGCAUUGCUAGAGAUGGACAAAUUGAUUUACACGAUAAUAUUAUAAAAAUAAAUGGUCAUAAUUUGUUGCACAUACCAUUUUCAAAAGUUCAAGAAAUUUUUAGAACAUGCAUGAACGAUCCCUGUUUGCAAAUUUCUAUUGUUAAACAUAAGAAGAAAACAAGGAAUGAAAAGUUUUUACAUAAAAAUCAUGGAAAUACUAGUGGAGGAUCAGAGAAAACCGAAGGUGAUGAAAAUAUCAAGAGACUUCAGUGUAGUAACUAUAAUCUUUUACAGACUGCAAAUACUAGAAAAAUUGGACGGAUGAUAGAAAUAGAAUUAGUAAAAGGGAGUAACGGUUUAGGAUUUAGUGUUACUACACGUGAUAAUCCUGCUGGAGGACAUUGUCCCAUAUAUAUUAAGAAUAUAUUACCAAAAGGUGCUGCAGUAGAAGAUGGCAGACUGAGACCGGGUGAUAGGUUACUAGAAGUAAAUAAUAAGGAGAUGACUGGCAAAAGCCAAGCAGAGGUUGUAUCACUGCUCAGAAGUAUCCCUCCUGGUGGUAAAGUAAGGAUGAUGGUAUCACGGCAAGAAGAAAUUUCUUCAAACAUUCCGGAUUCUCAGGGUAUUGCGACAUCUGCUUCUACGACUACUGAAGUAAUGGAUAAUUCAAAAUAUUGGAAUGCAUUAAAUAGAUCACCUACAAAAAAGAACGAUAUACAGGAUAAAGUAAGCACUCAUAAUUAUGAAAAAUGCACAUAUAAAUCAGUUAAAUCUUCUGAAGAUAUUGUCUUGUCUCCACGUAAGAAUCGUGUAAUAAUGAAUUUAGAUAUUCCAGUACAUGAUUCUGAGAAGGCUGGCUUAGGCGUCAGCGUUAAAGGCAAAACUAAUAGUUCUGAUGAUAAUAUCAAUAUGGAUUUAGGAAUUUUUAUAAAAAGUGUUAUCCACGGAGGUGCAGCAUCUAGAGACGGUCGCCUGAGAACCAAUGAUCAAUUGCUCAGAGUUAAUGGUGUAUCUUUAUUAGGCUUAUCUAAUUCUGAAGCAAUGGAGACUUUAAGGAGGGCAAUGCUUAAUACAGACAGCUCAGUAACCGGUGUAAUUAAUCUUAUAAUAGCUAGGAGGAUAUCAUCGUACGACUCAAAUGAGAAGAAUACUGUAGAUAAUUUACAAUCUCAUCGUAAACCAGAAUCUGUUAGUAGUAUAUACAUAUCAGAUUCUGCUAAAAUGAAUGAUGGCAUAGUCAAAGAGAAAAAUACUUUAAAUUCGCAAGCAGAUAUACUGGAUAAUGAAGGAUUAUUAUCCUGUGUAACAGCUUCACCAUGGAAUCCUAUCAUUGAUAGAUUAACGGAGCAAUAUAGCAAAAGUAGCUUAAGGAAUGAAAGUUACUGUCUUGCUACUAAUAAGACAUGGAUAGACCCUAUUAAUAAUGUAAAGAAGACAAUUAUAGGAUCGCGCGACGAUCGAGUCGAAGCAAUAUUGCUAGAAGAAUCUAAUAAUGAUAGUUCUCAAGGAAAUGACGCCAAACGAAAUACUGAGGACAAGGAUAGCCAAUAUUCCGGGGAUCCUACGUAUGACAGUCAGUUAUCUUUAGAAGAAUUAAAUUCUUCUUCAAAUAAAUUUUCUCGUGAUGCUCUGGGCAGACAGAGCAUGUCUGAGAAACGACACGCCGCGCUUGAUGCUAAAAAUACAGAUACUUAUAAGAGAAACAAAAAAUUACGUGAAGGUAGAGAAAAUAAGAACGCGGAGCAAACUAAUCAGAAAUCGACCAGCCAAACGAGCAAUCACUCAAGUGACGUUGGAGAUUAUUCGAAGAGGAGCACAACCAAGUCGAAUAAUUUUGAGAAGCAUACGAGUAAAGGAGUCUUAGCUGGAAAUACAAGUACAGACAAUAAUGUAAAACGAUAUGAAAAGCCUGUUGAUGUUGCUCAAUCAGAAUAUAUGUACACUAUACCUGGAUGCAAUAAUAAAUUUCUUUCGCCGAAAAAACAUUGGCUCGUAGACGAUGUACAUGGCGAAGUUACAAGUAGCAAUAAUAUCAAAGACGAACGUGAAGGUUUCUCGAAUAGUCGGGGAGAUGUAAAGCAAGCUUCUCUUAAUUCAGCAUUAGAUGAUCGAUAUAAGCGAAAGAAAAACAGCCUUAAAUCAAUACUUCGAUUGAAUAGGAACAGAAAAUCACUUAAUUUUGGAGAUAGCAUAGAAGCAAGGCACGAAACUAAUAAUUAUUGUAGCGGAAGAAUCAGUUAUAUCGCAUAAAAGACAAUAUGGAAAGUAAAUGCAGAUACUCU